UCUACCCGGGUUCAGUUCCCUUAAUGGUAUUUUGGCUGGACGAUGCUAAUUUGCAUAGAGAUCAGGGCACCUGUAUAUUAUUUUUUUUUAAACGCUCCUUCAUUUAGUAUGAAGGUGGCCUUUGAAAAGGCACCUUGUUACCAUGCUGCGCCUCUAUUAUUUAUUUAAAAAUAUUUAUGCUCCGCUUCUCCAGUGUACUACUGCUCGGGGCGGCUAUUACUAGUCCAGGUUUCUGCUUUGAAGAGGACAAAAAGCUAUCUUGUAGCAAGGUGCAUGCCACUGUUAUGAGUGAUGAAAAAAAAAUGCAGAUUACUCCAGAUGCUCCUGGAUGGGUCUCAGUCCAAAACCCUUUUGAAAGUCCAAGUGAUUUUAGUCAUCUACAAGAGCAGAUAGUGUCAAGUCCAUCAGUUUUCAAGUCCACCAAAUCCUCGGUGACUCCAGGAAAAUUUAGGUGGUCUAUAGAUGAACUUGCCUUAAUAAAUCCAGUGGAAAUUGAUUCUGAAGACAUACACCGUCAAGCAUUGUUUUUAAGCCAUGCCAGAUUAGAUAAAGAGAUGGAAGAAAAAAGACAACAAGCCAUUGAAGAGUUCUUCACCAAAAGUAUCAUUGUUCCAUCUCCUUGGACCAAUCAAAAUGGAAAACAGGUUUCUCAGUUGAAUUCAACUCGAUGUAUUGAUCUAAAUAACGCUUCACCAGUUGGCAGAGAAGUAGCUGUGCAACCUGGGAAAAACAAUGUUGCUUGCCAGACAGUAUUAUCUCUGCCUGUAGACUUUGACCUGGAAAAAAUACUAGGUGAAUACUUUAAAGCAGAUGAAUUGGCAGACCAGUCUCAGGAAAGCCUGAGCACUUCUUCACUGAGAAGAAAGCUGUUCUUAGAUGAGAAUGGAAGCCUAUCGGAGAAUUCUUCCCCUUCUCCUCAAAGUCCACGCAAUGUCCCAGCCUCGCUUGGAGUACUAUGCUCAAUAGACAUAUCUCCAGUCCGUUGUAGAAGUCCUUUAAACACAUCUAGUUCGGGCCAAUUUUCCUCUAGCCCUAUUCAGGGAGGUACAAGGACCUACAGUCUGGGAAGCCUCACCAGCCCUUCAGUUCUAGAGAGAAGUCCUGCAAAUGUUGCUUCUCCAACUUUCUCACCAAUUGGCAUUCAGAUAAGAAAGACACCGUUAUCAGAACAAAGACAGUUUACUUUUCGCUCUCCAGAUAUUCCUGCUGUGUCAACAUCAUGUCGCCCAACUCCUACUAGUACCCGAUGUUCUUAUUCUGAAUGUUCUCCAUUAAAAAAUCCUUCUCCCAUGAGACUUGUGGCAUGCAGAGGAUCCACACUGUAUCAGACUUCCCUCAUUCGUCUGCCUUCUACACCUGAAAGCGUCUAUGAAGAAGACGAUGACAAGGGAGCAACAACUUCAUUUGCAGAAAUUCCUCCACCGGUAGAAGCCAAAGUAAAUCUGCACCAUUUGCACGGAGAUGCCUUCACAAAGAGCACCCAUUUGGUGGUUGCCAAGGUGUCCAUUUCGCCAGAGCAUUCUGAAAGCAACAUGCAAGGGUUGACGUUGCUCCAUGAUGUUGAUUGCUUCAAGGAAAACCAUACAGUGGAUAUGGAUGAUCCAGAGGAAAUGUUGGAUGAGAACUUGGUAAAAGGAUCAUCUGAAAACAAUGGCAUGCCAAUGGCUGCACUUAGCAUUGAAGGGUCUUGUAUGUUCCUGUCACCUCUAGCUGAAAGCAGUGCCAGCCCCUACGAGAGCAGUAGCAUUCAGGUGGACAGUGGCUACAAUACCCAGACUUGUACCAGCAGCCUUAUGGAGACAGCAGGAAUUGAAACCAGUUGCAGAGAGAGUGAUAUGCACAUGUAUGAGACGCAGAACAAAUUUCACUUUUUCAAAACAAAGCAAGGAAAAUCCAUCCCUAGAUAUUGGAUCGAAAAUGAACCUGUUACUCAUUCCAGAAGCCAGCUUACAGAAACGCCCCUCUCAAAGUGACCAUUUCACAGAUUGCAUAUACUUUUUGUAUGGACAUGUGAAGAGCCUGAAACAUGUGGAAGACAACGGGCACAAGUGCUCAACACACGAUGCGAAGGGUUAUGAAACAAAGGAUAAGUGGAAACGGCUUACAUCGGAGAAUCUCGCUCCAGUCAAGUUAAUGGCAGCCUCUCCCCAAGGAAAUGUGCUAGAUUCAUGCUUUGGAGGGGUGUUCUUGCAGAGGUUCUGCUUGUGCCAGUGAUAACUGCUGCAUGAACAGCCCCCCCUAUGGAGGAGUGUCUUCUCACAAAUGACCCUUCUGCAUGAAUAUUUCAAAAUCAUAGGGCCUGAAUAGACCUUGUGUUCUUCCAGGCCAUGUAUGGGGGCUGCUGUUGGGCUGAACUGAGUGCAAGAAGUGCACAGAAUUCUGCAGUGAAAUAUAUACAAUACAAGGGUAGAGACUACUUUGCUCAUCUUAUUUUCUGUGAAAACAAAUCAUAUUUGUAGAUAAUUGCAUUUAUUUCCCCCCCCAGGUUUGUUUUUGGAAGAUUGUGCAAAACAAUAUAGCGAGACAUAACUACUUUUGAUACAAUUGUUUCUAACUAAAUUGUGCCUUUAAAAAGAAGGAAGCAUCAGUAUUAAGUGCAUAACAAUGAAUUUCUUAAAUAAAACCACACUUUGUUUAAACGUGAGAACCCAGAAAGCCACCUUUAAAUAAGAACAGCUAAUACCCAAUGAUGGUUUACAAUUUUUUAACUAAAGUUUUUAAUAUUGGAAUAAUUUUGAUCCACAUAAUAAAGACUCUGCACACCAAAACUGA